AUGGGCCAAGAUCUUGUUUUGAACACUCAGAUUCGAAUCACAGAUCCCAAUCUGAAGACUAAGGGCGGCGAUGAUGUGAUAAUGCAGACUUUGACAAUGAAUAGGGAUAGAUGUUUGAAUAGAAAGCUAGUGGACUCGUUUUUUAAAGUGCUGCGACACAACAAUGACGACGUUAUUCGCCAGAAGUUGAACAAUACGGGUGAGAAGAAUAAGAAAGCUGUGAAUGCAAGGUGUAAGGAGUUCGUCACGCAGGACUUGUAUCCCAGUUGGGAUCUGCGACUGCGUGCGAUUGGGUUUUGUGAAAAUGAGGCGUCCUGUUUGAAACGAGAGUUGGACGCUAAACACGGCACUGAAUCCUCGGCACAGCGUCCGAUUCUGAAUGCUCGCAUGGACCCUUACGCCGCAGCUGAGAGCACCGCUGUAAGAGAGUCGUACUACCAGCAAUGGAGGGAACUUACGCGAUGGGUCGACAACCAACGGGGAAUUGAGCAGAUUUUACAACGCACUGCAGCUGACAUUCUCGCCAGGGCUUGCAAUCCAUACACGUCAUAUCUAGCCGAUUUUGAGAAAUUUAGAAAGUCAGUUCAGUAA